AGACAGUCUCGAAGCGACACCGUCUUACUAUUCUUGAACCUUCUCCCAACAAUUCCUCUUCUUUUGUCCCGACACCUGACUCUCUCUCUCUCUCUCUCUUCCUAAAACCUUCAAAUUCUCUCUCUAGAAGAACCAGUCAGAGAGAGAGAGAUCAAAUGCCCAAUUAGAAAGAAUCCGACCCAUCGGAGCCGCAGAGAUGGGUUGCACGCAAUCCAAGAUCGAGAACGAGGAGGCGGUGGCACGAUGCAAGGACCGGAAGCACUUCAUGAAGGAGGCGGUGUCGGCCCGCAACGCUUUCGCGGCAGCCCACUCCUCCUACGCCAUGUACCUCAAGAACACCGGCGCCGCCCUCAGCGACUACGCCCAGGGCGAGGUCCAGAACCCCCAGCUGGCCCACCAGGCCCAGCCCAACUCCUCCUCCUCCUCCUCCUCCUCCACCGUGGCCCAGGCGGCCCAAUUCGUCGAGACCCUCCCUCCGCCGCCGCCUCCUCCCUCCAAUUUCGCCCCUCCGGCCCCCCUCCAGCGUGCCGCCACCAUGCCGGAUAUCAAGAUUCCCAUGCCCGAUCCUCCGCCCAGGCCCAAGCCUAUCAUGGAGGAGGACGAGGACGAGGAUGAGAUCGACAACGAAGGGUCCGUGAAUUUGAGGAGGCGGAGAAGUAGCAGAAGCGGUAGCAGAGGAGGGCAUCGGGAGGUUGUGGAAGAGGUGCCGGAGAGUAAUCGGGCCCCACCGCCGGAGAAUCGGACGAUCCAGCCGAGUUAUCAGCAGGACAAUUACAGCUACGAUUAUUUCUUCAAUGUCGAUACCAUGCCGAGGCCGACUUUGAGUGAGGUGGAAGAGGAUAAUAUCAGUAAAGAGGAGAUUGAUCGCAACAUAUUCGACGAAAGGCCUAAGAGAGUGGACGACGAGGAGGAAGUAGUAGUGAAGAGUAGUGCUAAGGUUGAGGUGGAGCCCGUCCCCGAGAAGUCGGUGGAGGCUCCGCCGCCGCCUCCGGAUCCUGCUGCUGCUGCUGCCGCCGCGGCUGCAGUGGCGGCGAAGAGUCUGAAGAAGGCAAAGCAGGCGGGGCCUGGUGCCACGGAGGGGAAGAGAGUGGUUAAGGCAAAUGUUAAUUUAUUGCAGAUAUUUGUUGAGCUGGAUGAUCAUUUUCUCAAGGCUUCGGAGAGUGCCCAUGAGGUUUCCAAGAUGCUUGAGGCCACCCGGCUGCAUUAUCACUCGAAUUUCGCUGAUAAUCGAGGGCAUAUCGAUCACUCUGCUAGAGUAAUGCGUGUUAUCACAUGGAAUAGGUCAUUUAGAGGCUUAGCUAAUAAUGAUGAUUUAAACGAUGACUUCAAUUCGGAAGAGCAAGAAACGCAUGCUACAGUUUUGGAUAAGUUGCUAGCAUGGGAGAAAAAGCUCUACGAUGAAGUUAAGGCAGGUGAGCUGAUGAAAUUUGAGUACCAAAGGAAGGUUAACGCACUGAACAGGCUAAAGAAACGGGGUACGAAUUCUGAUGCGCUGGAGAAAGCGAAAGCAGCGGUAAGUCAUCUGCACACGAGAUACAUUGUGGACAUGCAAUCCAUGGAUUCAACUGUUUCAGAGAUCAACCGUCUACGGGACGAGCAGUUAUACCCAAAACUUGUUCAGCUUGUUGAUGGGAUGGCGACUAUGUGGGAAACCAUGCAAUAUCACCAUGAGAAUCAAUCUAAGAUUGUGCAAAAGCUCAGAUAUCUUGACAUCUCACAAUCCCCCAAGGAAACAAGUGAGCACCACCAUGAGCGCACAGUGCAGCUGUAUGCUGUCGUGAAUGAGUGGCAUUUACAGUUUGAGAAGCUUGUAUUUAAGCAAAAAGACUAUAUGAAAGCCCUAACUACCUGGUUAAAACUUAAUCUCAUUCCCACUGAGAGCAGCUUGAAGGAGAAAGUUUCAUCUCCGCCAAGGCAACAAACGCCCCCGAUACAGAAACUCCUCAUGGCGUGGCAGGAACAUCUGGAGAAGCUACCCGAUGAGCUGGCAAGAAGUGCCAUCUUCAACUUUGCUGCUGUUAUAGAUACUAUAGUGCAUCAACAAGUUGAAGAGAUGAGAUUGAGAGAAAAAUGCAAGGAUACGGAGAAGGAGCUCUCUCGAAAAAAACGGCAAUUUGAAGACUGGUAUCGUAAAUAUAUGGAGCGGCAAAUACCCAAUGAAGGGGAGCCUGCAGAAGAUACCACUAGCAACAAUGGUCUUGCCGAAAGGCAGUUCAUGGUGGAUUCACUGGAAAAGAGACUUGAAGAGGAGCAGGAAGACUAUCAGAGACAUUGCCUUCACGUGAGGGAGAAGUCAUUAGCUAGUGUCAAAACUCGCCUGCCGGAGCUUUUCAGGGCAUUGUCUGAUUUUGCAGUUGCCUGUUCGGAAAUGUACAGGGACUUGAGGUCCAGAUCACCACCCCAGAAUCACCACGAGAGUUCUGCAUAAUAGUUUAUACAAUUUGGUCAGUUGUAUCUUUUGUACCUUUUACUUGUUUUCCCCGCAUUAUAGUUUAUUUGUAUGUGGUAUAUUACCUUUUUCGGGGGCUAAGAAUGUGGUUUAGUACUUGUUCUCUCGUGCAAUUCUUGUAUGGGACCAAUUCCUGAAAAUGAUAUGUAAGUUGUGUUCAAUA